GGGCGCCGGGUGUCCCUGGGGGGCUGGGGGUCGCUGGUCAACCCCACCGGGGUGGCGGCCUGCCGGAGGUCGGGGCGCCUGGCGGUGGCACACGACGGCAAGAAGAGGAUCCACAUCUUUGGGCCGAGCGGAUCCUGCCUGCAGCGGUUUGGGGAGCGGGGGGACGCGGGCAACGAUAUCAAGUACCCGCUUGAUGUGACAGUCACGUCGGACGGGCACGUGGUGGUCACCGAUGGCGGGGACAGCUCUGUGAAGGCCUUUGAUUUUGAGGGAAGGGGGGUCCUGGCUGUCCGGGAAGGUUUCUGUUUGCCCUGGGGCUUGGAUGCCACCCCCGAGAGUGAAGUAAUCCUGACCGACUCGGAGGCAGGCGCUCUCUACCGCUUGACGGCCGACUUCAAGAAGGGGAAAUUAAAGAAGUGUCAGAUGAUCCGGUCUCAGCUCAUCAGCCCGAGAGGGGUUGCAGUCUCCCAGACCUCGGGUACUAUCGUGGUAAUAGAGCACCUGAAAGCUCAGGGACCGAACAAUGGCAGCACCCGAGUGAAGAUAUUCAGUGCAGAGAUGGAUCUCAUCGGCCAGAUGGAUAGCUUCGGCCUGAACCUCCUUUUCCCCUCCAAAGUACAUACUACGGCUGUGGCCUUUGACAAAGAGGGCCGCGUUAUAGUAACGGAUGUCUGUAACCAGGCCGUAAUAUGCUUAGGGAAACCUGAGGAGUUUCCCAUCUUUAACCCUCUAAUCAGCCAUGGGCUUUCUUAUCCCGUAGGACUGACUUACAUGGCAAACAAUUCCCUCGUCGUUUUAGACAGCGGUGAUCAUUCAGUAAAAAUAUAUAGCUCCACCUGAAUGGGUUUAGAUGCUUACUGCUAAAGGUUCAAGCUGCUUUUGGCCAUAAAGCAAGCAAAGUUCUGGUGUUAGUAGGCGUGUAGGGAGGAGGCGUUUUCUGGGCUUUAAGUGAAAGUAUGACCAACAUGCUGUGCUUCCUGCAAAACUUACAUCGAAUCUCUUGCCUAUCCGUGGGAGAAGACCUGGCUGUUGCAGGCCGUAGUCGACAAUGAAUCAACCAAACAAAUAAUUUGGCAUUUUAAAACUAUUCCAUACCUUGACAACCAAACAUUUUUGGUACUUUUUGACAAGUAAUAACAACAACAUUUGGAAUGGAGUAAUCAAAGACGGGCACCUGGGAGAGAAAGUGAUGCAUCGUUUGUUUAUGUUUCCCAGCACGUAGUUUUCAUUAUCCUUCGUUAAGCAUAGCUACACUUAGGAAAGCAACAGAGUGGUUUCUGUUUCCAGGAUUUCUGCACGAGAAAGGAGACUGGCUUGACAAAAUGAUAGGAGAAAUGGAAGCUUCAGUUCGGAUCCAGCUAAGAUCAUUGUGAUGCAGAAGCUACCACUGAUUAGUGAGUUAUGUGAAGUGAAUUGGUGCUCAAAGCCUAUUUUUUCCACAGUGGGGAAACGCACUUCUGGGAUCACUCUUCUCUGCACUAGUUUAUUGCCACCUUUAUUAGUUGUACUGGAGCACUUGGUCUUCCUGUAUAAUGCACAAGUCUGUGUCUUUACCUAGAGAUAAUUCGGUGUGUGGUUACCAGCAUGAGCAGCUUUCCCUGAAAGCCCCUUGAAGUAUUUGUGGUCUAAACUCAAAUACUUAUGCAUAUAUAAAAUUGAGUUGGCUGUGCUGCUAACACAGCUACGCUUGGGAGGUUUCCGAUACUGCCUGCCUCUGUCUUGUCAUGAAUAUGGUACUUUUGCGCCCCGAACGCCAAGAUUCAACUGAAAAUUGAAAUGUUGGUGAGAAGUAAUAGAGAAUGGGGGACCUAAGCCUCAUUUUUUUCCUAGCUUCCAAAUGAGGUUUUGUUGGUUGUGAAUACACAGCAGUUUUACUCCAGUUUAUAUUUCCUUGAAAACAGUUUCACUGUGGACAUGAGUUCUGUUGCCUUAUUGUCAGUGGAAAUUAAGGUAUACCUGAAUUGUUUUGGGAAGGAUUUAACACCCCCACUAGAAGUCACUGCUGCAUUUUUAGGCACUUACCUGCUGCUAAAAUAAUUACUUAGGCGGUUCAGCAUUAAAAGCAAGAUAAAAAUGUAAAUGCUAUCUGAGAUAGAGACAAGUAGGUUAAAACGGCACAAAACUUUUGGGGUCAUUUAUUUAGUCACUGAAAUCAUUAAUAUUAACUAACAUAAUUUGAAAUUCACAGGUGAUCUUUCUAUCGGUAAAUUUUUAAUCUGGCUUUUGGUCUGAUUUUAGGGCAUCUAAUAACUGCAUGUAUUGCUGCACCGGUGAUUUACCAAAUACUGACUUUAAACUGGAGUGGUUUUAGCCCUCUAAUUCAGACAAUGUAUUAAUCUGUCUUAUGUUAACAUUUAUAUAAACAAAACAAAUUACUAAAUGCAGCUAUUUGUAAAGGUUAAUUGAACAGUGACCUGCCAAUAAAGUGUGAUUUGCUUACUC